AUGCAGGAAAAGUUGGUUUCGAAAUGUAUCUUACUGUUAAUUGUAUUUACUCAAUGUAUCAGACUUCAAGGGAAGGUCGUUUCUGUGGCUGAUUUCGGUGCCUAUCCCAAUGAUAACAUUGAUGACACAAAAUACAUUCAAUUCGCUGUUGAUAGUGCUAUUAGUUACGGGUCAGGCAGCAUACUUGUCUUCGAAUCUGGUACAUACAAUUUAUCAUCAACCAUUCAAAUAUCGAAUGCAACAGAUUUUACAAUAUUAGGACAGGGUAUUGAUCAAACGUUACUGUUAGGUACUGAUCGAAUAUUUAUAUUCUUUGCUCAAUAUUGUCAAGGAUUAACACUCACUUCACUAUCCAUUGAUUUUGACCCAUAUCCAUUUACUGCAGGCUAUGUUGUUAACGCAACUAAUACUUAUCUCGAUGUUCAAAUACAAUCAUCACAUCGCGCCGAUGUCAAUCGACGAGUGCUCGGUCUUAUUCGAUAUGAUCCAAUAGAAAUGCGACCUGCUUUUGGUUCUCACACAUAUAAUUUCUAUCAAGUACCACCGACUUCUGCGAAUACUAGUCUAGUUUCUACUGAUAUCCUUCGUAUACCAAUAGCAUCGCAAACAGAUUUUCAUCGAGGCGAUGCGCUUGUUGCUGUCUAUGAUAUAUCUGUUCAUACUAUUUACAUACAAAAUUCAUUUGAUGUUACAAUUCAAUCAAUCGAUGUUCAUUCAGCUUGGGGUAUGGUCUUAGUAACUAAUCGAGUUCGUCGUCUAACGAUUUCUGACUAUCACGUCGCACCGAAGAACGGUCGAUGGUUAAGUGCGAAUUCCGAUUGCAUGCAUUUAAUCAGUACUCGAGAGUUCAUUUCAUUAAAAGACAGUAAAUGUCAAAUGCAAGGUGAUGAUGGACUAAAUGUUUUAACACCGUAUGUAUCCGUUGCGAAUGUUAUCAACUCGACUGCCUUGAUUCUGCAGGCAUUCAAUUGGACUGAUCCACUGUUUAUCGAAGAUGGUACACAGUUAGAAUUUAGUCCUAAUAAACAACCAUUUACAGAGUAUCAAAGAGGAACUAUCGUUUCAUCCACAUUCUAUACGUCCACUUCUAGACUAUUCACUUUCAAUAGUUCAAUCAAUGUAAAUUCAGGUGAUUUUGCUUGCGUUGCAGAUAUUGCUUCGUUAACCAUACGAAAUUUUACCGUUGAACACAAUCGAGCUCGUGGUGUUCUUUUAGAAACACGAAAUAUUGAUAUUAGACAAUCGAUAUUUAAUAAAACAAGUGGACCGGCAAUUCUUUUUCAACCAUCUCUAUAUUGGCAUGAAGGCCUUCCGGGUCGAAAUGUAACUCUUGCUGAAAAUCUUUACAUUCACUGUAAUGAAGGUAUUGGACAACAACAAGGUUUCAUUACGAUUUUACCCGAACCAACACAAUUAAUACCCGUUAUUAAUGACAUUCGUAUAGAAUCAUCGACAUUCUAUUUCGGAAAUUUCAGCCGAGCUCUCAUGCAAUCCAACAAUGGAAAUAAUGUUUAUAUUACUGGAAAUUAUAUUUCCACGAAUAGUUCAGCUCCACUGAUAUCAAUAUGUAACAGUCGAAAUAUUACAGCGAGUAACAAUACAGUGAUUAAUAUCCAAUCCAAAAUCGAUCAAUACUAUCGAUACGAUUCUACGAGUCCAUGUCAAAUGAAUCUAAGCUCUCUUAUAGACUUACCAUCAUCUGCAUUUAAUUCGUCAUUUCCACCGCCUGUCUUACUUACGUAG